AUGAGCGACUGCUCCGCCCGCAGUGUUUCAUUUCACUUUACCCCAUUUGAAGCCAUUGAGGAAGCCUUGGGAACUUCCGUUGGACCAGAUUGGCCGGGCUGGUCGGCUGCACUAGGCGACGAUGACUUUGAGGAGCUAAAGACCGCAAGUCGAACGAUGACAAUAUUCUUCAUUCUCGGCACAACUCUUGUCGUCAUUUCAAUGGGCAUACGCGUCACAGCCCACCACUUCAGGCGGCGCUUUGCCAGUUAUCGCAUCCCAGAUUCGAAGGCGACGAUCUUGCCUGGACACCCAGAUUAUUCGAUCCGAGGCAAUCUCAACACACCUCCCUCAUACUUAGAACUUGCAACAUUAGUGCUUAGCACCGUAUUCCUUCUGAUUGCGUCAAUAAUCACCUCCGCGGUUGCUAUGAAGUACAUCACGUUGAUACGCCAAAGUGACGAUGCCGAUGUUUCAGCACGGCACAACAACACCUUUCUCGGAAUGGCAUGGAGCACGACUCUUAUUCAAGCCCUUCUUACUAUUCACAAAGUGGCCGCCCUUGUGCGAUAUGAGACGCAUGGUUCUCGUUAUGAUUCGGAUGGGUACUCUCUAACCCGAGAUACUAGCAAUAAGGGAGCCUUUACUCGGAUGGAAUAA